CUGUCAAUCACUCAUGUCAUUUAAGGGGAGAGGGGGACGGUAUAACAAACAAGUUUCUUGUGGUGACCUCUGAUGUCCACUUAUAUCACAAUAAAGAUCUUUUUUUUCAAUGAAAGUGUUCGACGUAUGAUGUUUAUAUAUGAUGUUUAUAAAUAUAUAUUAACGGCAUUCGACAGUCUUCGCCAUUACUGAACAUUAUGCAGACCAUAGUGUGGGCUCUCUUCUGCUGGAUAUGUACAGGACACUUAGCGGGGUCCUUUUUCAUUUCUUCCAAGAGAAAGAUAAAAACGAGAAAUGAUGAGGGUACUGGCAGUCUGAGUGAUAUUCUGGGACAAAUGAACGAGUUGAUGAACUUCGCUCUCUCCGUCGCUGGUCCAUUGUCCGGAGCAAGAAAAUCAAACAUUGUCAAAGACAGCUUUGUUUGUCCCUCGUAUAAAUGCUCCGAUCAGAUAGAACCCGGAUGUCGGCAGUCCGUGUAUUACGUCAUUCAGGGACAGAGAUGCAUGGGUUGUGACGUAGACAUCUGUAAAGUGGAGAGACGGAGGGAAAACGCGGGAAAAUCAUUGCGCAAUCGUUCAAAACUUAACGUGGACGGGACCAUUGAGAAACCCAUUUCUGUGAAUUCCAUUGGUUUUGAAAAGCGCUGGCUUUUCCCUCGAAACAGACAACAAGAGCGGUGGGACCAGCCCAAUUCUCUUUUUCCGGUGCUGACUGUGCCUGAUGUCGAUCGUCUACCCCCGGGGUCAGAGAAUAGUUGGAUUACCGGGUCCCUGUUCUAGUCUCCUCGCCACCCCACCCUAUGAUCGCUAUAAUUCCACACACUCUCAAAUUAACCGACGAAGAUUUUGUCGCAUUCCAUUUUGGCAUAAUAAAAUGCGAAAAUUGUAUGUUUUUUAUAUCCGUGUGUACUCUAAACUUUUGCUUUAUUGAGAUAUAUAUUUUAAUAAAAUAUGAUAUGAAUUAUGA